AUGUGCAUCCAAGUCGUGGAGCGCUACGCAGUCUGCCGCUGUCUCUACCACAGACACUCUCUCGAUCCCUGUGCUUCCUAUGGCUCUCGAAGUCACGGCGUUACCGAAAGAGUGGUGCUCGUGGGAUACAAGUGCCCAACGCACUCUACCUCUCAAAGAUCGACCCCUCAACAACACAACCGAAGUUCGCAGGCUCGGAGCACCAAGCUGCCAAAACUCUCUAGACACCUCCAGUAUCGAUUCUAG